CAGGGAAAAAGUGAGAGAGAGAGAGAGAGAGAGAGACUCCUUGACAGUGAGAGUGCUUUGCUGCGUGUGUGUGUGUGUGUGUGCCCUUUUUGCAUGUGUGUGUAUUUGGUCUGGUGACGACAGACGUUCAGGUUCGGGCAGGGUUGACGCCUGACGUUGUGUGUUAGGGGAGUUUCCUGAGCUCCCGGCUCUCAGUCAUACACUCAGACUCACACACACACACACAGUCACACGCACAGGAGGUAUUGCUCACCAGUGCUCGCACACACACAGAGGGAGAGGAGACAACAGCAGCACAUCAGAGGUAACCAAAAAAAAGGGGGAAGAAAAAGUGUGUGAGAGGUAAGAGUGCAACAGAGGACACAAGAAGUGAAAGAGAAAAGAUGACAAUUGGCAAGAACUCCAGGAAAAGCUCAACCAGGAGCUCCAUCCGGGCCCCAAAGUUUCUGGAUAAGUCCAAUGGCUUCUACGGCCGCCUUGAUGAGCCUGAGACCACCGGAGAAGGGGAGGAGGUGAGGGGAAAAGUAGAAGAGAGAGGGAAUGGGACGGAAGACGGCGGCAGAGAAGUGAGAACCAUGAGUAGCUCAACCCCAAGUGAGGUGCACAAUUCAAAUGAGAGGGAAGAAGCCGAGGGAUUUGACCUCAGUGGAGGGUUGAUGGAAGACGAUGGCGAGACUCUCCUGCGCAGGAAACCCAGCCGCCGCAGCAGCAGGUGGAGAAGGAGCUCCAGGAGGAAGCAGAAGAAGGGGACAACCGAGGAGGAUGCCGCCCGAGACGAGAGGCCCAGUCCGUCCACUGAGAAUCCAGUUGACCCCCCCGUCUUGGAGGGCACCAGGGUGAUGGUCGAGGUGGAGAUGGAGAAACUGAAGAAGAUGGAGGAAGAAAAUGAGAAGACAGGAAGAGGGAAGACGCCUGCACUUGUGCACUUUGCGGUGCGCGAGGAUGAGGACGACCAGGUCCUCAUUAGAGACAAGAAGAGGGGGAGAGAAGAGGAGGGAGAGGAGGAGAGGAAGAUGAGGAUAGAGCAAGAGGAGGGGAUGAAGGUGGUGAAGAGGAGCACGAUGAAGAAUUACCGCAAGGCCUUGGACCGAGCAUUUCGUCGUGGCUGGGAGACUUUCAUCACCAACCUCUACAGCGUCACACUCACACCUGUGACAUCUUCCUCACCACCUUCACCCUCGUCAAAGAAGACGCAACAGCACAGCUCUGUGUUAGUUGAGUUUCAGUAGUACAGGAAACGAACAUGGACGAUGAAAUCAAACCCUCUCUGAUAUUUACUUUGUUCAAGUCAUGACGAUGCUGAAUAGUGAUGGAUAACCCUGCCUUUAUUGCUAUGCCUUCAGAGGGGCCCUUUAUGGCCACAUGAGGGAUUUGAGUCAUGCAUUUAGCCUCAGAAACAUUGAUUGUUUAUGUUAAUUACUGAGUCUUAAUCACUGAAGAUAAAGUUUACUGCCUUGUCAUAUGAUGGUGCACAUUAAUGUGCACACAGACUGCACAUGUUCAGCUUUGCUGUAGGAGCUGGGGGAGCCAAGCUGCUGAUUUUACAUUGACGUCUUUGGGACUGGUUUGAAUUUUAAAGUCCAAUCUUCAUGUGACUGAGUUCAGCUGACAGUGGUUCCCUUCCUCUAUCUUGCUAAUUUCAGAUGUUAGUCAGUGGUGUAAGAAUGUCUAAACAUCUUAGUUCCUUAUUUUGGGUCCACUGUUAAGAGCUUGGAGUAUAAACAGUCUCUACUUCCUUUGGUUUAGCACCAUGAAGCUAGAAAAGUGUUGAUGUGUAAGCAAAAGGAAUGGAAGAUUUCUAGAGCAGCGAUGACUGAUUAGUGGACUUUUGUUCUGAUAAUAUUCACGUUUCUGUAUGGUAAUCAGUGCCAUUUAUUGCUGUCUGGCAGCUAAUCACUAAUCAGCUGUGAUGUUAACGAGAGGACGACAAACGCACACAAAUGCACCCAGGUAGUCAGUGUCUAGACACUGUCAUUGUGUCUCACAAUAAAACACACAUUUGUAUGUAAAUAUUUGUGGAGAAAUUGCAGUUUCUAUCAGUUUUAAUCCAUUUUAACGCAGGGUUUUCCCACCUAAGUGUGCACAGAAAUAAUACAAGAGAUGUGAAAAGGUAGAAGAGCUUGACAGUGUUUGACUUCCUCAUGAGAUAAAGUUCAUCCCUGUGUGUGUUCUGGUGAAGGUUAUUUAACCUGAUGGAACAAGAGUGAAAGAGUUUUUAUGUCCUGGUUACAAACCUGUGCUUAACAUAGCAACAGCACCAACUGUCUUUUAAUUGUAAGAUUGAAGCUGUUUUAUUUUAUACAUGUUCUAAUUUGGAAAGAGUAACUUAACCUAAAUGUCAAACAAUAUUUAAGGCUUAUUAAUGACUGAUGUUUGUUAAAAUGUAAAACAAUCAUGUUUACAGUAGGCCUGCUGUAAUUUCCUGUUCUCCACUAUGAUUUUUUUUUAUAUUACCUCAAGUGUACUUAUUAGUCUCUGGCAAGCAGACUGAAUAGGCUGCAAAAGAAGUGUUAAUUUUCAUAAAAUAUGUGUUUGUAUCAUAAUAAAAGCUUCUGAAGUCUUAAACCACAACAAAAAACACUUUUCUGUG